AUGAAUGGUGUUUCAGUAAGUUCAAAGGACACUGUUCCAGAACUUGUAAAAAAUGUUGUAUUAGUACAUAGUGUGGAACUUCCAGCAGGAACACCUACAGUAAAAGGAUAUGACUGGAAUAAAGGAAUUAACUAUCAUGCUUUAUUACAAACAUAUAAAAGUUCUGGAUUCCAAGCAAGAAAUUUUGGAUUAGCAGUGGAUGAAAUUCAGCAAAUGAUAAAUGCCAGAAGUAUUCCACUUAAAGACGAUCAAGUUGAUAAUCUAGAGGAUGAUGAAUUUAUAAGGAGAAAGUCUUCAUGUACCAUAUUUUUGGGAUACACGUCUAAUAUGGCUUCUUGUGGAAUUCGGGAGACUAUAAGGUUUCUUGUGCAGCAUAAAAUGGUUGACUGUAUUGUUACAACAGCAGGUGGUGUGGAAGAAGAUUUGAUAAAAUGUUUUGCACCAACAUACAUUGGAGAUUUUCAUUUAGUAGGAAAACAUCUUAGAGAACGUGGUAUUAAUAGAAUAGGAAACUUGUUAGUGCCUAAUGACAAUUACUGCAUCUUUGAAGACUGGGUUAUGCCUAAAUUGGACGCAAUGUUGGCUGAACAGAAAGAGAAAGGAACCCUUUGGACACCAUCCAAAGUAAUAGCUAGAUUGGGUGAAGAAAUUAAUAAUGAAGAUUCAAUCUAUUAUUGGGCAGCAAAGAAUAAAAUUCCAGUUUUUAGUCCUGCUCUAACAGAUGGAAGUCUUGGUGAUAUGAUGUAUUUCCAUUCCUUUAGGAAUCCAGGCUUAGUAAUAGAUAUAGUAUCAGAUUUAAGACGAUUAAACACAAUGGCUAUGAAGGCUGUAAAGAGUGGAAUGAUUAUUAUAGGCGGUGGUGUUGUAAAACAUCACAUUUGUAAUGCAAAUUUAAUGAGGAAUGGCGCUGAUUAUGCUGUUUUUAUAAACACAUCAUCAGAAUUUGAUGGAAGCGAUAGUGGUGCUCGCCCGGAUGAAGCAGUGUCAUGGGGAAAAAUUCGAACAGACGCAAACCCAGUGAAAAUUUACGCAGAAGCAACACUGGUUUUCCCAUUACUUGUAGGUGAAACAUUUGCUCGGCAUUAUCAUUCCACGAAAGCAAAAACUGUAUCAGAUGUUUAAA